AUUAGCGAGAGCUCAGUUGAGUGUCGAAGUUACGGUUUAAUGUUUUAGAAUAUUGUUGUUGCAGAGAAUAUUUCGCUUUAUAUUCGACAGUAGUUUUUCGGAUUGGUUGAAACCAUCACUCGAACGCAAAAAAAAUAACCUUCGCAAUGAUGGCAUACGUUUGUAGAGUUUUUCCAAUUUUUGUCUUAAUUUCGGUUGUUGUUGCAGCUGAUUUGGAAACUAAAUCGGUUAACAGUCACAGGUUCAAAUAUCCACAACUAAAAAGGGAUGAGUCCGUUGUGGACGACUAUUAUGGAACAAAUGUAGCGGAUCCUUACAGAUAUCUGGAGGAUCCCACAUCUGAAGAAGUAAAAAAUCUGAUCCAAGACCAAAACAAACUGACCGACGAAUAUCUGAAUCGAAAUUCGAUUAAAGAGAAAAUCGAAAAGAAACUUACCGAAGUCUUCAACUAUCCCAGAUACGGUGUCCCCAAGCGAUAUGGACACCGAUAUUAUUUCACGAUGAAUAAUGGUCUGCAGAACCAAGACGUCUACUACGUGCAAAAUUCGCUGAACGACGAACCACGCGUCUUUUUCGAUCCCAAUACCCUGUCGACGGACGGGACUGUGCAUUUGAGCGACAUAGCGUUUUCCGAAGAUGGACAACUAGUGGCAUUGGGACUAAGUAACAACGGCUCUGAUUGGAUGUCGGUUCGUUUUCGGAAUACAUCCAGCGGAAUGGAGUAUCCCGAUGUACUUCACGACAUCAAGUUUUCAGAAAUUGUUUGGAGUAAAGACGGGCUGGGCAUCUUUUAUGCGUGUUAUCCGAAAUCGGACGCUCAAACAACGAGAUCGCUUGGAACAGAAACGUACCAAUACGGAAAUCAAAAACUUUAUUACCAUCGGGUGGGUACCAAAAGUCAAAAGGACGACGUGCUCUUGCUGGAAUUCGAUGAUACAGAGCUACUAAUUGGCACUUUCGACAUUACGGACGAUGGCAAUCAUCUCGUAAUAUUUCCCGGAAAGGGUGAAAAUUCCAUGGUUUACUUUGCUUCACUUGAGGAACUGCAACGCACUGGUGGAUUUAAGUCGAAACUAAAAAUUAUCCCAAUUGACGAACGAAUGGAUCAUAUGUACACUUACAUUGGCUCAGAGGGUAGUACGAUCUAUCUCUUAACUAACGAUGGAGCUCCGAAUUAUCGCAUCAUUGCUGUUGAUCUAAACAAACCAGACGCCAUAAAUUGGUCCACCUUAGUACCUGAACAUGAGAAAAAUAGUUUGCAAUAUGCGAACAUUAUUGACAACGACAAGAUCAUUCUGGAAUAUCUGGUGGAUGUGAUUAGUCGACUGGAACUGCGUUCUCUGAUCGAUGGAAAGCUUAUUCAAGUAAUUGACACACCUGUCGGUUCACUAGAUUGGAUAUGGGGCAAGAAAUCACACAACGAACUGUUCUACCGAAUUGUGUCGUUCCUCAUCCCGGGAAUAAUUUAUCGCAUAGAUCUGACGCACACACCGUACAAACCGGAAGUUUUUAGGGAAAUCAAAAUUGACGGCUUCGAUGCCUCUAAAUUCGUCGCGGAGCAGGUCUUCUAUCCGAGCUAUGAUGGAACUCUCAUUCCGAUGUUUAUCAUUCACAAACAAAAUUUCAUACGUGAUCGCAGUGCCAGCACUCUUUUGUACGGUUAUGGAGGAUUUAACAUCCCGAUUGCUCCUGCGUUCAGUACAAGCCGAAUAGUUUUUCUGCAAAAUUUGGAUGGCGUCUACGCAAUUCCAAAUAUUAGAGGCGGAGGGGAGUAUGGUUCCAAAUGGCACGAAGCGGGACAAGCACUCAACAAACAAACGGUCUUCGAUGAUUUCCAGGCCGCAGCCGAGUAUCUGAUAAACGAAAACUACACAACCGCAUCGAAAAUUGCAAUUAACGGUGGAUCGAAUGGUGGUCUACUUGUAUCAGCCUGUGUAAACCAACGUCCGGAAUUGUAUGGUGCUGCUGUGGCUCAGGUUGGAGUUCACGAUUUGCUGCGCUUCCAAAAAUUCACAAUCGGAUACGCUUGGUGUGAAGAAUAUGGUUGUUCUGAUGAUGGAAACAAAACCGUUUUCGAGAAUCUGCACCGCCUUUCUCCGUUGCAUAAUGUACGCAUGCCGACCGACAAGAAAAUACAAUAUCCAUCGGUGCUUCUUACGACUGGCGAUCAUGACGACCGUGUUGUUCCACUCCAUUCAUACAAGUUAAUUGCCGAACUCCAAUACAAAAUCGGUAGAGAGAAGCGACAGAGAAAUCCAUUGCUGAUAAAGAUUCAGACAAGUACCGGACAUGGAGGUGGAAAAUCGACUUCUAAGAGGAUAUCUGAAACAGCUGCCAUUUAUGCCUUCUUGGUUGAAUCUGCCGUAUUCACGUAUCGCCCCUAAGUACUGAAAUUAUUAUACGCAUCAACCCUUAGAUGUACUUCUAGACUGGCGAGCUCUGAACAAAAUUUUUAUAUGUCUACUGCUAUUUAGUCUAAGCAUCAACCUCGCCAUCAACUAACAUGACUCAUAUUAAUAGUUUCUUAGCAUUUCGUUUGUGGAAUUGAAUAAAUUUUUGGAAUUAUUAAAAUGAAAGUGCAAAUUUA